CGAACAAUGAAAUUAUUAAUUUGUAUUUUAUUAAUAAUAAAUUGUGGUCUCAUAUCCUGUGGCCCUCUAUUCUUUAGGGGCCGACCACUUACUAAACAUGGAAUGCUUGGAAGUCCUGUCUCUACAGACAAUGUGUACUAUAAUUCCCUUAAACUUCCAGAAGAACAAUGGUUUGACCAAAGAUUGGAUCACUUUAAUCCAGUCGAGAUCACAACUUGGAAACAACGAUAUUUCAUCAAUGACACUUUCUAUACUAAAGGAGGGCCUAUAUUCCUGCAAUUAGGGGGUGAAGGCAUUGCAGACCCUAUUUGGGUGGUUGAGGGACAGAUUGCGGCCAAUUAUGCCAAA